CAAAUUUUGUCUGUCGUAAGAAUUUUUAGAAAUUUCUUUGCAGUUGGCUUUUUUCUUUUAAAAUUAAAAAAUUCACGCUAUUUUUAAGAGAAAUUUGUCUGUUCUAUUGCGUACAUUCGAAAUACUUAGUAUUACAAUCUACUUAUAAUGGGAAACGUUAUUUUAUCUGAGUUUAUUAAAUAAUGACUGAAUACCAUACUUGAAGCAUAUCUCUAGUUUAUGCAAUAAUGUUAUCCGUAUUAAUAUUGGUUAAAAUAUUUGAAGUACAUGCAAUAGUUCUGGGUGUGAUCGUCGUAGAAUUAAAUAAAUUUUGGAAAUUGUGUACGCAGGUAACUUGAAAAUAGAAUUAUCCAAGGAAUUACUUAACUUUUACUCAAGUAGAGAGUUAACCUUCAGUAAUUUGGAAUGCUGAUCCUUGACUACAUCCAUACGGGAAAUAUGGAAAUACAUUGUUAUACGUUUAUUUGCAAACUACUUACUCUUAAGAUAAGUUUUUGAGAGAAACGUAUUUACGAAAUGUAGAAAAUGAAUUUUACUUUUAAUAAGAAAGUACCUUGGGAAGUAUAAUCAUAGCUAUUCGAUCGCUAGUCAUUUUUAUUUAAUCCCGAAUAAUGAUUAUGUUCCUAUUCUUGAAGAGAGAUUAGAGGAGUGAAUAAUAAAACAAUUUGUCUAUAAUGCAACAAAAAUAGUAUGCAUCUCAUUUUUUUUUAAUCGAAUGAUUUGUUUCAUGGUGUUAAUAUUUUGAAUAUUUGGACGUUACAGGUUUUUGAGUUACAUGUGAAUUUUUCUUUGUUAUUAAUCCGAUGAUCAGUCAGGAUCAUGCCCUGGACAGCCGUUUGGAGCUAGUACGAAGUUUACUUUUUUUUUAUCUAGGCUUUGUAUAGCUGCUGCAAAAGGCUGUUAUAACAAUCUCUUUUGACCUAUUUAAAUAUAGCAAAUAAAUAUCUUCAUUAUCGACCGUUCCACGUAUAAUGUAUUUUAGGGAAUUUUUUGUUAUGGAUAUCAAUUUUUGAAAUAUAAUAUAGUUUUUAAUAAGAAUGAUUAAGUGCUAUUAAUAUGGUACAGAUUAUACGUCAGGAAUUCCAAUGCAAGAACGAAUAUCAUUUAAUUUUGAAAUCCAUGGCUCCCAAAUCCCCGUGCACAGUCUAGAGUUCAGUAGUUCAUGGCUGCCAUGGGAGAAAUUGGUGUUUAUGUUAUGGGAAUAGUCGCGCUUGAAUUUCAUUGAGUUUGUACCAUUUCUUAAUAAGUAUUUCAGGGACACGUGGACAUGAUUUCAGUAUGCUGAGACUUCAUUAGUAAUUCUUCUUGGGAACGUACUCUUACUUUUAAGUAAUUAAGUGACAAAAAUGCACCACAACAGGCGAAAGAAAAAACGAGUGAACUAUGGUGUACGUGCAGUGGAGUUGCAGCGGGGUAGCAAAGGUUUUGGAUUUACGAUAUCAGGCCAGCAGCCUUGCAUUCUAAGCUGUAUCGUACAGGGUAGUCCUGCAGAGAAUGCUGGUUUAAGAGCUGGAGACUAUCUAGUUGCAGUUAAUGGUCACAGUGUCAGUAAAGCUCCGCAUGAUGAUGUGGUUCGACUUGUCGGUCACUCUAAGGGUGUACUGCGUUUACAAAUUGCUGAAAAUUAUUACUCUGACUCAUCGGAUGAAGAAGGCUUAGCAACAGUGCGUUCAAAGCCAAAAUAUUCGCACAAACCAAGAGCAGCUAAUACCGUAGUUCCAGUACAGUGUCGCGUAGCUAAAGUUGUCCGGGAUUUACAAAGUGGUGCAAUGUUCGAUACAGCCUGUAGAGCCAAGAUUCAAUGCAGUCAUUCUAGUCUUCAUCAUAGAUGGAAUAUGGCCAGUCCACUCCCACCACCUCCACCACCAAUAAACAGAAAACGAGAUUCAGAGAAGAUUGUACACAGAACAGUUGUUGGUUAUCUUGGUACUAUUGACAUUCCCAAUCAACUACCUGCGUCGUCCAUGAUGCAGGUACUUCGAAAGUGCAUAAAGAGACUCAAGGCUGAAAAAAGGAACCCAACAACAGUACUUUUGACAAUUCACGUAGCCAAUAUAAAAUUGACCAACUCAGAAAAUCGUGUAAUAGCUGAAUACCCAUCUUAUAGAAUAAUAUUCUGUAACUCCUUCUCGGAGCAGGAUAAACAGUACUUUGGGAUCCUAACAAAAUCUGUCAAAGAUACCGAUGACAUAGUUUCAAAUUCUUGCCAUGUAUUCACAAUCUAUUACAAGCUCAUUGAUCACGCGGUUCAUUCAAGCACUUGCAAUGUCUUUGGAUUCACCUGUACAAAAACAUCUGAGCUCAAUGUCUGUCAGGAGUUUCCAGACAGUUGCAAUGGUCUAAUCGGUGCCAUACAAACCCUCUACAUAUCUGACACAUCAGAUGCCGAAGCAAAUCCCUACGGUGAGGAAAAUCGUCGUCACCAGGAAGCUGUCUCUCCACAACCAAGCAAUGUGAGCACUUCCACUGCCCACUCUAGCAAUAGCGAUUCAGGAAUCGGUUUCAAGGAUGACUAUGGCAGCCAUUCAGAUAGAAAUAUUAUUGCGGAUUUUCCACGAAGACGUCAGUAUCCUGCAGAUCAUGUCAGGAAUCCGGCAGUAGCAUUUGCAAGGAUGUCAACUGCAGUGGAUUCAUUGGGUUCCCGUUUAACAGUACGUGCUAUAUCAGACGCUAAGUGGACAGAGAGGAUGAAGGCUGGCCAUUCAAAGGACACGGAAUUCCCGUACGAUUUGGAGGGUGCAGGGAGCAAUGGGGUAGUUUACGAGAAGGGUGCGGCAAGAAAGGACGUAGAGUGUGGGAAACAAAGCGUUGCUCGUGGUGGGGAUAGCAUCACCUGUCCAGGACCAUCUGCCUCGCUCGGACUGAAUAGUUUGUGCAGUUCCUCCCUGGAUGCUCUAGUGACCACUUCAAUGUUCCCCGUCGGAGCACUAGAGUCCAGCGAAAGUCUCUCCGAGGCAACAAGCUCCUUAGAGCCAUGCAACAAGCUAAGUCCCAAAGUGUACAGUGUCUCGAAAUCCUUAGUUCACAGCCUGGAGGAUUUAAAACCUGGCAUGGACUUUCCAUCCUCGCUACUGCCGUCGUACCCAAGUAAGGAUAAACGCUGGGGUAGCCUCCAGGAAAUCCGGAACAUUGGAUCGUGCACGUCGGACAACUGCCUGCACGCUCACGUUCCUGGAAGUCGAGCGACGCGUCUUCAGGGAAAAACCGCUUGGAUCUCUGAACACUGGAGAUACAAUAAAAAUAUAAGACAUGGCAGUAUAGAAUCCUGCAACAAGGCUUCUAUAUGCAAUGGUGUUCGUAACUGGGCAUCAGGUUUCGAGAAGUUAUUGGGGGAUCCUAAGGGUUUACAGACAUUUGCAGAAUUCUUGAAGAAAGAAUUCAGUCAUGAGAAUAUUUACUUCUGGGCUGCUUGUGAAAGAUACAAAGAUACUGAAGAUGUAGCAAUUAGACGCAGACUUGCUUGGCAAAUUUAUCAGAGACACUUGUCUACUAGUGCAGCUGAACCUGUUAAUGUUGACAGCCAUGCAUCGGGUCAGAUCACUCAGGAACUUCUGAACGAAGCACCAGCAGGCCUCUUUCUCCAGGCCCAAAAACAAGUCUUCAAUCUGAUGAAGUUUGACAGUUACCCUAGGUUUCUGAGAUCCGAUCUAUACAGAAUAUGUCUUGAGACUGGCAGCAGUGUAGUCAUUACAGAGGACUGUGAUUUACUAACAAGUUCACCAAGUGUAAAAUUAAAGAAGAGUCACUCAGACGCCGAGGAUCGUUGUAGAAAAUCAAUUCUGCCCUGGCACAGAAAGAAUCGAUCAAAAUCCAAGGACCGCGGGGAAUCGGAAUACAACAAGACACCAAGCCGGAAUGAGACAAUAUAUAAGAGUUUUACAACAAUAAAACGUGAAACUGAGGGAAACAAUAACGAGGACAGUGUAUCUAUAUCCAGCAGUAGAUCUUCACUAGCUUCGUGGGACCUGGCUCUAAGACAGUCGUUCAAUAAGCACUCCGUAUCGUCCUACGAUGGUCAGUCAAACGAAAAGAAAGAGGUUCAGGCCAAGUGCACCGGGUUGAGUCGAGUCAUAUUACCCGAUGGGUCCACCACUGUUGUGCCAACUAGCCAAACGGAGAGUAUUAAAGACGUGGUGACUCGUCUCCUCGAUAAGCGAGCUCUGCGUUACUCUAACUAUGACGUUCUCGUGCUUGCCACGGACGAGAUGGUUAACAUCAAGUAUCCCUCGUCGGUGUUAGCUGGUCAGGAAGUCGAAGUCGUCCCGACCAAGGUUCUCAAACUCGACUUGCCAUCCAGGAGAAUCAUCACUGUCGUGGCUCACAAGGGUCGUACUCUGCGGGAAGUUCUCAGACCAUUGCUGAAUAAGUACGGAUUCAAAUUGGAACUUAUUACUAUCUGGGGUGAGGGUCAUCCUGUACCAUUGGACAUUCCUGCCAUUAAUGUACCUUCUAGACUUGUGCUUACAUCCGGAAGUGAAGAUUUUCACAAAGACGUGUCAUCCCUUAAGUUCGCUGAGGACAUUCCUCAGGGACAACCAACUCUUGACGAGAUCACGAAUAAGGUCUUCGAAGAACUUCUGGUUGGCAAAAGUACAAACAAGUAUCAGUACCACGAAGGCUCCUGCAAGUCCGAUGAUCAACGCUCCGAAGGAUCGUCGAUACUCUCCAGCAAGUUCUUCCUAAGAGACUCCACUAUUCAUGGAAAGAAAAAGGGAAAAUCGAAGUGCAGUAAUGCAAGCGAGAAAAGCAACUCUACGGAUUGUACUACUGAGGAAACGUCUCGACCUCAUCCUCCUCUGAUUGCUAAAUGGAGAAACGGAGUGAAGCUUCAGCUUCCUGGUAGAUUCGACGGUGAAGAUUUGUAUGAAGGCUUGAAAAGGGCUCAAAGAUCAAGAUUGGAGGAUCAGAGAGGAACUGAAAUCAAUUUCGAGCUUCCGGAUUUUCUUAAGAACAAAGAAAAUGGCAAGCACAUGUCGGGAAAGAAAGCACGAAGACCUCGUGUCACGUCUGCAAACUGCGAAGCAAAUUCAAAAUUCUACGACGACAGUGACGAUAAAAAUAUCCAGGGAGUUUCCGGGAUUCUGGAUCGUAACAAAUGUCCAUCCAAUGGUAAUUUGGUGGACCAAACUUAUACCGAUACCACAGAGUCCUUGGACUCUUCCAGCAACCUAGACAAUACUCUCGUGGAUGGUGAUCAAACUAUUCUUGAGAAUGGUUCCCGCACUCAGCGGAAAGAGUCACCACCUUUUGUAUCACAUUUUGUUUCUCCGGUGAAGCUUUCGAAGCCACCACCGCUGCCACCUAAGCCGAAAGCAUUGCUCUCAAACGUGGCCAAGAAUCAUUUGUUGUCUUCUAAACCGUUUCAAAGAAAUGUCACGACGGCAUCCUCGAGCGUCCCCGAUGUUUGUGAGGCUAAAAAUGUAUUCUGAUAACAUUCAAGUAAGAUAUGAUGUGUAAAAGAAAAGUAUUAUUAGAAGAGAAAAGUGCCUUUUAUAUAUUGUUAAAUUCUUAAUGAUUCCAUCACAGGCGCCUAUUAAGUUAGUUUUUGGAAAUUCAAACUUUUAACCCCCUUCGUUAAGAAGGGCGUAUAUGAAAUUUUCAAUGGAAAGGCUGAUAAGAUUUGGUACAGAGAGGCCACUUAGUUGUUAAGAAAUCAAGACUAAGAAAUGAUGAUUUCUCGUUAUAUCUUUAUAUUUAUAUUUUCUAUGAUGCUAAUGAACGUUAUUUCCCGGUUGUACGGGAGUAAUCAGUGGAACUAUUUUAUUUAAUUUGAAAUGGGGUUGUCGCAUGGAAACUGACGAUGCGGCAUCUACAGAUAUAUAUGUAUAUAUAUUUACAUAUAGUCUUUUAUAUUUCUUCGAAAUAAAAUAAACUUGAAAGAUUUAAAAACGAAAA